AGCAUUAUUGCUUGCAGACACCUUAACCAAAAUUGUUUCCAGGAAGUGUGCCCAACCACAUGACUCUUUGUUCUAAGUGAGAAAUUAUUCUGUCUGGAUUGAUAAGAAGCAAGCAGUAUUUUUCUACAUAUAUACAGGUUCCUAUUUCCUCAGUUCUGAGUCGGCAGUCAGGUUGUAGAAAGCAGCAUACCACAGGUCAGAAGACUGACCCACUGCAUCAUAAAAAUUCCAUACUGCAACAGCAUGAAUAAGAGAGCAUCUGUAGUGUCUGAAGAAGACUCCUUUUAUGAUUUACCCACUGAAGAUAUUCCCGAGUCUGAAGCUGCUGAUGCGAUGGCAGCAUCAUCUAACUUGAGAUAUUUUCCUCGAAGGCCAUGCCAUCCUGAACCACAAUAUGCAGACAAAUGUUGCUUAGCAUCAACUACAACCCAUAUUUCUGUGGGGUCUCCAGCUCUCAUCACUAUUAGACAGAAGUCCUGUCUGCAGUUGGAAAAAAAUCAGAGAGAAAGUGUCCUUUCCACUCCAGAAGGAUCAAGACAUGAUCAAGUUUUCAAGAAAGGUCCCAGAAGCAAGACUAGUCACGAAUUCACACCUAUGGAAGGCCACAAGAAAAGACUAUAUGAAUUGUCGAAUCCCCCUACCGUACCACGGCCUCCUAAGUCACUACCAAAGGAAUAUCAUCCACUUCCUGCAGAACCACUUGUAGAUCUUCAGCCAAAGAUGCCACCUUCAGACUUUGAGGAAGUCACAGUGAGACAACAAGUCAAGAAAAGACCUAUUUAUACUAAAGAGGCACCAAAUGUAAAUGAUGAAGCCUUAAAGAAGGAAUCGCAAAUCUUCCGAAAGCUUGGAAAAGAGCUUAAGACACAUCUUGUCUUAUCAAGGGUAACACAAUGA